GUGGACCGGGCGGGGCCGCGACGUCCGCAGCGGGGCGGGCGCAGUUACCCGCCGCAACGACGAUGGCGGCAGCCGCGCUGGGGCAGAUUUGGGCCCGAAAACUUCUCCCUGUCCCUUGGCUUCUGUGUGGCCCCAGAAGAUAUGCCUCAUCCAGCUUCAAGGCUGCAGACCUGCAGCUGGAAAUGACACAGAAGCCUCGCAAGAAGCCUGACCCCAACGAGACCCUGGUGUUCGGGAAGACAUUCACCGACCACAUGCUGAUGGUGGAAUGGACCGAGAAGGCGGGCUGGAGCCACCCCAGAAUCCAGCCCUUCCAGAACCUCACGCUGCACCCGGCCUGCUCCGCUCUCCACUACUCGCUGCAGCUCUUUGAGGGCAUGAAGGCGUUCAAGGGCGGCGACCGGCAGGUGCGCCUCUUCCGGCCCUGGCUCAACAUGGACCGCAUGCUGCGCUCGGCCCUGCGCCUCUGCCUGCCGAGUUUCGACAAGGCCGAGCUGCUGGAGUGCAUCCGCCGGCUGGUGGACGUGGACAAGGACUGGGUCCCCGACAGCGCCGGCGCCAGCCUCUACAUCCGGCCCGUGCUCCUGGGGAACGAGCCCUCGCUGGGUGUCUCCAGCGCCACCCGAGCCCUCCUGUACGUCAUCCUCUGCCCCGUGGGCUCUUACUUCCCGGGAGACGCCCUGAGCCCGGUGUCCCUCCUGGCCGACCCAGGAUUCAUCCGCGCCUGGGUGGGUGGGGUCGGGGACUGCAAGCUGGGCGGGAAUUACGGGCCCACAGUGUUUGUGCAGCAGGAGGCGAAAAAGAAGGGCUGCGAGCAGGUCCUCUGGCUGUACGGGCCCGACCACCAGCUCACCGAGGUGGGCACCAUGAACAUCUUCAUCUACUGGACCCACGAGGACGGGGUGCUGGAACUGGUGACCCCGCCGCUGGAGGGGGUCAUCCUGCCCGGAGUGGUGAGACAGAGCCUGCUGGACCUGGCCCGCUCCUGGGGCGAGUUCCGCGUGGUGGAGCGGACGAUCACCAUGAAGGAGGUCCUGCGCGCCCUGGAGGAGGGGCGCGUCCGGGAAGUCUUUGGCUCGGGCACCGCCUGCCAGGUGUGCCCCGUGCAUCGAGUCCUGUACCAAGGCCAGAACCUGCACAUUCCCACCAUGGACCACGGGCCCGAGCUGAUCCUCCGCUUCCAGAAGGAGCUGACGGCCAUCCAGUACGGAGCCAAGGCCCACGAGUGGGCGCUCCAGGUGUGACGCUGCAGACUGCCCGUCCGCCCCUCGGAUCCACCGGCGCGUCGCAUCCAGCCCCUGCCGGAUCCUCGCCUCCCCACCAAUGACUCAACCUGAAGUGCAAUAUGAAACGAAAGGCCGGGGGCCGGGACGCCUGGGUCUCGGGCGCCCCCUCGUGGUCGCUACACUCCCAAAGCCAUAAGGGCCGGGCCCGGGCGGCUCGGCCCCAGCUCCGCCUCUCAGGCCUGGGGAUGGGUUCCCCGCUGCUCUGUGCUGAGGGUCAAGGAGACCCCGCACCUCUCCGUUCUCAGAGCGGACCUCCCUAGUGCUGCCGUUGAUUUCUUCUUCUUGCUGGAAUUUUGAAAUAAAAUGCCAAAUACAAGA